UCACGUAGAAAGUCGCGUGAUCUCGAAUGGAGAGCAGACAUAAAUUUGUUUUCAAACUCGGCGUGCUUUUUGUUUAUCCACUGCAAAUUCCAUGGUGAAAAAAAUUGCUGUUUGAUGUCUGAUAAAGGGGUGGAGGAAAUCAUGCCUUCCAAACGUAAACGUAAUUCUUUGCCUGAUGGUCGUCUGGAAGACUCGGAUACAUCAAACAGUGUUCCCAUGGUCAAGAAAAGGAAGAAAUCAGCACAGUAUGAUCCGAUUGAAAUAAUUCAGGAACUGUAUGAUACUAUAAGAAAUCACAAAACAGAAGAUGGUAGACUACUAUGUGAGACGUUCAUAAGGGUACCCAAAAGAAGGUCUGCAGCAGAUUAUUAUGAUGUUGUUACAACACCUAUUGACCUUCUGAGAAUACAGCAGAAGUUAAAGACAGAUGAAUAUGAGGAAAUUGAUCAACUGACAGGAGACAUAGAGCUCAUGAUCACUAAUGCCAAGGCAUACUAUAAAAAAAACAGCCAUGAGUACAAGGAUGCAGUAGAAUUGGCUGAGCUCUACUACAGCACAAAAAAUAGUUUGCUUGCUGAAGCAUUUGGUGAUGGUGCUCCUGUGGAGUCAGGGGCUUCACGCUCGAUGCGAACCCGGUCAGAAGAGAUGGAGGCCGAAUCAGCUGAUGAAGCUCAGGAUGAUGCAUCUGCUUCUGGUGUGUCCCAGCCACUUACUGAAGAUGAUGAGUGUGAUUUGGAAGAGCUGUUUUCGGCAGUCAUGACAGCAAAAGAAGGUGGUAGAGAACUCAGCCCAAUGUUUCAACUCUUACCAGGCCGAACUAACUACCCAGAGUAUUACAAAGUUAUUAAGGAUCCAAUAGAUCUCAAAAUGAUUGCUGAAAAGAUCCAAGGAAGUCAGUAUGGUAGUUUGGAUGAACUUGAGAGAGAUCUUCUGCUGAUGGUGAAAAAUGCCAAGUCUUUCAAUGAGCCCGGGUCACAGAUAUAUAAGGAUGCUGUUUCACUGAAGAAAGUGAUUAGUACAAAGAAGAUUGAACUGGACCACAAACGAUCUGGAGCAAUGAAAACUAGUGAAAGGAUUAGGACGAGGGAAAGGAAUAGUGGUCAGCGUUUGUCUGCUGUGGUGGCAGCACUGAAGUAUGCAUCUGAAGAAGAGCCUGACUUACCUCCAGUUGCAGAAACCAGUGACAGUUUAGUGGAAUAUGAAGAGGAUUCUGGUGGAGAGACAACUGUGUCUGAGGAAGAAAACCUAAACUGGGCCCUGUUCACUUUUGUGAAAAACCACAAAACUAACCUAGGAACAGUUCUGUCUGAACCAUUUCUGAAGCUGCCCAGCCGAAGAUUUUAUUCAGAUUACUAUGAAGAAAUUAAAAAUCCAAUGUCCAUUUUCAAUGUCAGGAAAAAGCUAAAGCAUAACCAGUAUGCCAAUUUGGAUGAAUUAGCAGCUGACUUUGAUUUGGUAUUUGAAAAUGCUAAGCAGUACAACCAAGAUGGCUCCAGGUUGUAUAAGGAUGCACAUAUCCUCCAGAAGGCCAUGCGUGAAAAGAAGAAGGAAUUAGAAAAGUUUGAUGUCAAGGACUUCCCUUUGGAGGAAUUACCUCCCAUCUAUGACUGUCCCUUGGUGCAUAAGCUAGAGCGUGAUUCCUGGGAUGAAGAUGAAUCUACAAGUAGUAGCUUUAAGCUCAAAUCCAACAAAAACCGAAAAUCUGUUGUUGAGGAGAAGAAGAAAACACCGGUGAAAAAGGGCUUUGAGGAUUCCAUGAAGAAGAGAAUGAUAAUGCUGUACAAAGCUGUUUUUGACUACACAGACAGUAAUGGGCGCCCUCUACGUGACAUCUUUAUGAUGUUACCUCUGAAGAAAGACUACCCAGACUAUUACCAAGUCAUUUCCCAGCCCAUCGACAUGAACAUGAUUGAUCAGAGGAUAAAAAAUGACAAGUACACCACAGAGCAACAAGUGCUUUCUGACUUUGAACUGUUGUUUAACAAUGCCCGGCAUUACAAUGAAGAAGACUCACUGGUCUAUCAGGAUGCGGAGACACUGGAGAAAGUCAUCAAAAACAAGUGGAAGGCCAUGAAUCCAGCAUUUGAUUCCCCAAAGAGGUCUGCCUCCAAGAGCAAACCAAAAGUGAAACCAGUCUCCCCUCUGUGUCAGAAACUGACAGAACUCUACAACACAAUAAAGGAUUACACUGACUCAAGAGGAAGACUUUUGUCCACACCAUUCAUCAAACUGCCACUUAAGAGUGAUUAUCCAGAUUAUUAUGAAGUGAUUAAGAAGCCUGUUGAUAUGCAGCGUGUGCAGCAGCGCAUGUCUGGUAACCAGUAUGAAACAGUAGAGGACAUGGUGGCAGAUUUUGUCCAGAUGUUUGACAAUGCCUGCAAAUACAAUGAACCAGACUCGCUUAUCUACAAGGAUGCUCUGACGUUACAACGGAUCUGCUUGGAGAAAAAGGCAGAGCUGACGUCAGAUGGAAAUGGCAAUGAAGUUCCUGAUGUGCGGGCCAUAGUACAAGAGCUGAUGACAAACCUCUUCAUUGCCACCUAUAAUCUUCAGGAUGAGGAAGGUCGUUGCUAUAGCGACUCAUUUGCAGAAAUCCCUGAGAAAGAUCCAGAAGAGGAGGAAGAAGAAUUGAAAUCAGGGAAACCAUUGACAUUUGAUCAGAUAAAGAGGAACUUAGACAAGGGUCGGUAUCGCAGAGUGGAUCGAUUCCAAGAAGAUAUGUUUAAGGUGUUUGAGAGGGCACGUAGGCUCAGUCGGACAGAUUCGCAGGUGUAUGAGGAUGCACUGGAGAUGCAGAUGUUCUUCAUCAAGCAGCGUGACGAGAUGUGCAAGAAUGGUGAGAUUCUGCUAACACCUGCCCUCAGCUACACAGAGAAGCACCUGCAGACGGCCCUGGAUGUAGAAAAGAGGGACAAGUUGCCAAAGGAACAGCGGGAAGAUGAGGAAAAGAAAAAACAAGCUGAGGAAAUGGAUGAAAAGCAAGGGGUGCAAAAUGCGCAACCUCAGGAAGAUGGGGAAGACUAUGUUAGCUUCAAAGAACAGACAUUCCAUGUUGGGGACUUUGUUUAUGUGGAACCAAGGGAGAAAAGUUUGGAGCCACACAUACUGUGUAUAGAGAGACUGUACAAGGAUGCGAACGACGACCAGAUGCUCUAUGGAAACUGGUUUUACAGACCCAAUGAAACCUAUCACUUAGCUACGAGGAAGUUUCUGGAAAAGGAAGUGUUCAAGAGUGACUUCUUUACUCAAGUUCCCUUAAGCCAUGUUCUUGGCAAGUGCUAUGUUAUGUUUGUGAAGGAUUACUUCAAGCAGAAACCAGAGGGAUUUGAAGACAAAGAUGUGUAUGUGAGUGAAUUCCGUUACAAUGCCAGGCACAAGGCAUUCAAGAAAAUAAAGAUUUGGCAAGUGCCUCGUAAUGAUAAUGUGAAGAUCUUGCCCCGUGAUUUGCCCCUUGUCCCGGUGCGAGUAGCAUCUGUGUUUGCUGAGAAGGGCAAGUUGGAAGAAAAAGAUGAACUGGAUGAUGGGGAAACACACAUCCUGGAUAAAGUCAGAAUUAAUGUGCUCUCUGAGACUGCAAACACAACUGAGGAUGGGCUUACAUAUUACGAACAGUAUAACAUUCCUGCAGGAGCGUUCAAAAUAGGUGACAGUGUGUAUGUCAGAUCUAGUGAAGACAGGCCUUUGAUAGCCAGAAUUGACAAGAUAUGGACUGACCAAAGUGGUAAUCCCUACUUUUGUGGCCCUUGGUUUGUUCGUCCUGUGGAGGUAGAACAUGCUCCCACACGACUCUUCUUUAAACGUGAGGUGUUCCUCAGCUCAAUAGAAGACACCAAUCCCAUGCACAGCAUUAUGGGAAAAUGUUCCGUGCAGCACAUUAAGGAGUAUCUCAGCUGUCGUAUUAUUGAAAUCCCUGAACAUGAUGUUUAUAUUUGUGAAUCCAAAUAUCUGGAAGCAGAAAAGAGCAUACGCAAGCUUGCCAAGGUUUUAAGGUUUGUUGAUUCUUGAGCUCGUGAAGUGUAG